GUAGGGAUUCGCAAAAGUUUUGAUAGUGGUUUGUUUACAGGUUUGUGUUGACAAAAAGACGUAAUCCGUAGAAUGAUACAAAUGCCGCUUGUAAUUUAUGAAUUUAAUUGUUAACAUGGAAGUUUGGUCAUCUGACGAGUCCUGGAGCGAUAGUGAUUAUUCCUUAGAGCCUGAAGAAAUUUUACCACCUCUAAGUCCUAUAAUUUUUCGACAACCUUUACGUAAUGAAACGAACUGGAAACGAGUGUCUUUUGUGAAGAAAUUAUUUUAUAGAGAGCUGCGAGGCUCCUUUCAACCACAUCCCCGUGCUGCUGUGUUGAAAGCAUUCGAGGAAGUACCACAGAGCAACCAGAUCUGUCUUCGAAACAUUCUUCCUGAAUCUGCAUUUCAUUCCAACCAUGUCUUCCUCGGCCUCUCGAAGUGCGGGCAGUUCCUGGUGUCCUACACGUUCACCGCGGACAUGGACGUCGUCCCGUUCAGGACGGUGUACAAGUACCGCCUGCACUGGUGGACGUUCGUGCCUCACCAGAGAGCCCGCAAGGUCGCCGAGGUGCUGCUGUUUGGGGACAAUCUCAUCUACAACUCCCUCCACUUGACCUUCUGCCAGUGGCCCAUGGACUACUCCAGGGUUCUGGUUCACGGCAACUGUUUGGAAGCUUACCCUGGCUCGACAAGCCAGGCAGAACGCUCCUACCUCACCAUCACCACUGUACCAUCACUUAAUAAGUGUCAAGACUGUUUGAAAGUUGCAGCCUCCUACGAAGAAGAAGAUGUGGCCGCGAGCUGGGAUAGCUGUCUACGCUUCAGCUGUCUUCAACAUGGACUCACUGUUCACACAACGUUUGAUGUUGUGUCCCCUUACCCCAAGUUUAAUCCAAGAAUCAGCCUGAAAUAUGAAGGGGCAGCUGUUUUUAACACCGGGAGCAUGCUCUUUAUUUUAAUUAUUGAUUUGGAGCACUUGGGCAAUAGUUCUCGCGUGGUGGAACUUGAACAGAGUGCUAGUUUUAAAGCACAGCAAGACAAGAAAAGUGAUGCAUCAUCAUCAGGUUAUGAAGUGGUUAUCACAUCUGAAGCUUCAGGUGCUCGUCCAAAAUGUUCUCAGCCUGUGAAUCCUCAAAUAUCUGAAGACAGCAGUAAUUCUAGUGCUUCAAAAGAAGAUUGUAACACUAGUGUCACCAGGAUAGGAUUUACAAAAAAUAGAAAUCUUAGCAGUUGUCAGCUGCCAAGUGAUACGAGAAGUUCAGAGUCGUCUCUCUUGAUGGUCCUCACGGGUGAUGGUGAAAACAGUGUCAUGGACAGGCAUCAAAAUGCUGUCCCUUAUUUGCUAAAAGAAACUGUAUCUUCAAACACUCAAUCUUAUCAGAGUUGUGAGCAUUGUGAUAGUAAAAGCAACUGUGAACUAAGGCUAAAAGGACAAUUGGUUUGCUCAAAGAAAUACAGUGCAAUAAGUUUGUGUAAUGACAGUUGCAGUGGAAAUCAUUCAAACCCUUGUGUUUGCAAUCAAGACUUUAAAUUUGUGAGCGAUGAAUCUGUGCCCCAAGAUGUGCCUCAAAUAAUAACAAAAGAAUGUGAGAAUAUGUUUCCUCUUUCCCCUGAGAACAGUAGAACUGCAUGUUUGCCUCAUGAUCAGAGUUCCUGCAAUAGUAAAACUGUUUCGCAACACAAGCCCAAUUCAAGUCUCGAGGCCAUUAGUGACAGAUGCAUGCAACAGUCGUCAAACCAAAAUUCGGGAACGUUGCCAGACGGCCAUAGUAAUGAAGGAUUUAGUUCGAUAAUGUGUUUGAAGCACGGAGAUAGCAGUGUUGUUUGCAAGAAGUUGGUGAGAGAUUUUACAAAUAGUGUAUUCAGUAGCCGUGUAACAUUGUCACAAUCUUCGAAGACUGCUGAUGCCAAAGUUGACAGGGAGAAAGGAAAAAUUUUUGAAAUGUACACAGUAUCUUUGCCAGGUAACAAGUCAAAGUUUUCGAGUGAAAUUUCUGAAAGCAAUAAAUGUUUUUCAAAUGACGGUGGAAUGGAGAAAAUUUUAGAUUCCACUCAAGAAUUAAAUAUAACUUGCAGUUCCGGUAGCAGUACCUGUAGGGAAAUAGCAGAUCUUAUUGUUCCUACAUUUUCUAUCACCCGGACACUUCUCGUGGCCAACAACGGUCUUGACUCUGAGAGCAGCGGAAGUCAGUCCACGAACUUUAAGAAGAGGGAAUCUGGCACCCUCGUGUCACUCAAGUCACGCAGGGUUAGAACCUCUCACGUGGUAGAUAAUGCAGUGAAACUCAACACCUUGUCGGGAGUUCACACUCGUCAGACCAACAAGAUGGCCGCCGAAGCAGAGAAAGCAUACGAGUUCACGGAAGAUGUUUCGGAAACUGCUUGUGAGAAGUUGAGCUCCUUCAGACGACGCCGUCUCGCAGACAAGAAGUACGAGUUUUGCGAGGAAGGGGAGGACGCAGAAAACAUAGUUCCUUUCAGACUGCACCGGCGGCGGGAAUCAUCACCGGGACUGCGCUCCCCUCCCCGGCAUUUCUCGCCCUCCCUCAUCACGCACCGCAGGCGAUAUCACGACAACGUCCAUCUGGAAACCACGGAUCUCCUCAUCUCGUCCCCUCUGUCGCCCCUGGGCAGCGAGAUCCUCCCCUACUCCCCUCAGUCUAGUCACCUGGAGACAGACAAGGUUCUCCGGCCCCUGAACCGCAACAUGGCGAGCGCGUUCCUGCUUUCCCCCAGGGACAGGGAGGCGUCUGCGGAGAGGGUUGUGAAGAGCUCCAACAAGAAGUUGCAGAUGCUGGAGAACGUUGUGUUGCCGGAACACGAAGCCACGCCCCAGAGCCUGAAGCAGUCGAAGAAGGAGAUCUCGAGUCCCGGCGGUGGUACUGAUCCAGUCAGAUGCACCACGGAGCUGAAGAGGAGGUUCAUCGAAGUGGAUGACGAGCUGGUCUCCGUCAUCACAGACAUAGAAGAUGAUGAGUUGAGUGAAACAACGGGAUACCACACGGCCCUCCCGUUGGAAGUGCACGGAGCCGGAUAUGUGCAGUUGCAGAUGAUCUCCAAUGCAAAGGCUGAGAAACUGAUGGCUCCGUGUGUGCUUGUCCACCAGAGAAGUUUUGACGUUGAGAAGUUUUGCCACGAAGUUGCAGAAAAGUUGUGUGAUGAAUCUGGAAAGAAAUAUUGGUUUUGUAAUGACUACGAUGUAGAAAUAGUUGAUGUGUGCCCCUUCUCAGGCGAUGUGAUAGCACUGGCUGUGAUGAGAAUCCAAGCGACAGUCAAAACAAAGGGACUUGCUAAGUGCCAACGGAACCCGGUGAGCAGCAUGCAGCGCAGGCAGUACCAGGGGGGCUGCAAGUUCGCCUGGAACCUGGUGACGGGCCGCUACUCGGUGGUGGAGAAGGACCCGCUGGCGGAGGCGGAGCAGGCGGACCCGGGCGACGCGUGCGCGGGCUGGAACCCGGCCAAGGAGCUGGCCGGCCGGCUGCGGGAGAGCCUGCCCCAGAUCCCCACGCGCCAGUCCGUGCGCUUCAUCACCAACGAGCUGGUCCUCGAAGGGGUGACGCUUCAGUAUCUGUCCGACAUAGACAACAUGGUGGGCUUGGUGCUGCAGGAUGAAGUUUAGUGCCAUCGUCACACCCUCCCGUGCAUGCUUUGAUCUUCGAAACAAUAAGACUUGAAGUAGAGUAGUAAUUUGUGUGCAUGUCUGUGUGUGUGACAGCGUGACAGUGUGUAAGCUGCAUUACGUUAAUGUUCCUAAUAGUAGGAAGUAUGUGUUAUGCACUAGCAAGAGGAUGAACGUGAAAGCAAAUUGUGGUUAGAAAACCUCCAUUGAAGUCUUUAAAGUUAUAUUUUAUAUGUUUGUAAAAUGUUGUUAAUGAUU